CAUACCACCUGCUGGCCCGAGAUCAUUCAUGGGCUAAUAAUCAUCCGUUUCCUCUCCCAUGUUUGACCCAUUUGUUCAUUAGGAGUAGACUGGCCCAAUAUUACAUCAUCUAUUCUUCUACACGGUUUGGUUACCCAAACCCAAAAAACACGGUUUGUUUACCAAACAGUGCCUCACUUGUUCGACAUUGCUUCUUCUCUCCCAUUUCCUUCUUCUUCUUCUUGAUCGGAUUGUUCUUCUCAAAAUCAAGAAACAGAUAAAGAUGGACUACGACUUCAGAAACAGAGCAAACCCUCCUUACGAUUCACAAGCCCCUGUUUACAGGCCAACAACAACAUCAUCAUCAUCAACAACCCAUACCAUGUACGGGUCAUCUCCCCUCUACCCUCGCGUCGGGCAAUCGGGUCACUCCCUCAACCCUGCCGCCGUCCGUGCCUCCAAUUUUCAUCACCCCUCUCCUUCCUCCUCUUCUUCUGGAUUGGGGAUUAGGGUUGCUAUUAAACCCGAAUAUCGGAUCACGCCACCUCCUCAAUUGUCCCCACAAGUUGGAGAUAUUCCCCGAAGCACUUUCCAGUUUGACUUUGAACUAGAAAGGAAGAUACUAGCAGAAGCAGAGAAGGAUAGCCUCAAUUGGACCAGGCUUGGGCUGGAAAACCUUCCUUCUAAAACUGCAGGAUCAACAUCUUCUUCGGGCUCUGCCAUUGAUCCUGUUGUUAGCAAAUACAUAGCGUCGGGUCUCAGCAGAGAGGCUGUGCCGCUUGCAGUUGCAAAUUAUGGAGAUAAUCCAACCAAGGUGAGGGAAUUCGUCAAUGGUUACACCCUAUUGCGGGAAAUGGGAUUCUCAUCAACUAAUGUUUCAGAAGCGCUGCUAAUGUAUGACAACGAUAAAGACAAGGCACUUGCCUACUUUCUCAACAGCUCAUCCUGAGGAUGUUAUGGAGAUGCACGUGCUAUUGAGUAUAGUGGCGAUCACAUUUCACAUAUAGCUUCUAGAGUUUCUUGUAAUACAGUUUGGUUAUUUUACUUGGGUGUGACUGAUUGUAAAAAGCAUUCCAAGCCUCGGAAUCGACAAUUGGCCCUCUUAACGUUUUCCCACUCUUUGCUUUCCAAUUUGAAUAUCUGUACUAUCAAUCGAGUCUUACAAGUAUUUUCCA